AUGGAUGUGUUCUUUGAGCCCCAAGAAGGAAGUCCUUUCUGCAUUCAAAUUGGCUUCCAUGAUACAGUCCUAGAGAUCAAAGAGAAGAUCGAAAAACACCAAGGAAUACCCGUCUAUAGACAAACUAUUGUCUUCAACGGUGAGGCCCUUGAUGACGAGCUUGAUGUCGAGGGCUGCAACAUCAUCAAUCGCUCGUGCAUUCGGCUCAUUGUCGCACCGGAGCCACCACCAUCCACUAAGAUUGAAUUAUGCAUCGGAACACCACCAUCCAAAAUGCGGCUUCCCAUAGAAGUUGGAGUGCGUGACCCUGUGAAAAGCCUGAGAGAGGUUGUUUGGUCCCUGGAAGAUGUCCCUCUUGAGCGGGUGAAGCUAUAUGCAAAUGGAACUGAACUUGAAGAUGAUUGCCGGAUAUGCGACUACGAGCUUCAAGACAAUUCCAGUGUCGAUGUGCACAUCAAGCCUCUGAAGUUCACAGUGAUGGUGUUGCCGUGGAAAGCCAACCUCAAAGUUGCGGUGGAAGUGAAACAGUCAGAUAAAGUAAAGGUUUUGAGGAAAGAGCUUGAGAAACUGCAGCCGAUCCUGAAGUUCGAUCUUCCUUCAGAGGGGUAUUUUUUCAUACAUAACCAGAGUGGGAUGGAUGAAGAUAAGUCAUUCAAAUGGCACGGCGUUGAGAUGGGCGAUACUAUAGAGAUUUUUAGAGGAAUGAUUUCACGAUGA